AUGUCUUCCUUCACGACCACCUCCUCCCCGGCUCGCCCCACCCUCUUCGGCCUCUUCGAGCGCCCCGCGACCCCCGAGCGCGACAUUGAAGCCCAGACUUCCUCUCCGGUCGCCCCUCCUUCCCCUGCGCGCACCCACACUCCCCGCGCGCGCAGCGAAGACGCGGUGGACCCGAUCGACACCUUCUUCGGCGUCUCGCACUCGCGCUCGCGCGAAUCCCUCGCCCUCUCCGCGGGCACGCGCGACAGCCGCCACGACGAGCUCCGCCACUCGACCCUCGUCGAGUCCGAGACCGCGACGCUCGCCCCGCCCUCGUACGAGGAGAGCCUCGCGCCCCCGGCAUACACCCAGGUCUCGGACCAGCCCACGCUCGCGAUGUAUCUCUUCAAGUUCGGUUUCCUGUUCCCCCUCUUCUGGGUGGCCGGUGCCUUCAUCCUCCUCUCCCCGCUCAACGCGCCCGAGGGCUGGGAACCCUCGAAGCCUGAACACGAACGCCAGGAGAUCAUCGAGUCCAUGCGCCGCACCGAGGUCCGGUGGGCGAAGCGGUGCCUCUAUGCGCUCCUCGUCUUCGGCGUCCUCAUAGUCGCCGUCGGCCUCAGCGCGUUCCUCAUCCUGCGGUCCUGA